GUUGGUUCCACCCCCCUGUAUGGUCAAACGCUCCCUACGGUGACGUCUCUGAAUUUGUGAAUAAAUACUCGAGCGCCACGACCGAAAGAUCGUGAAUACAUGGCAUGAACUGACUGAGGUGAAGUCGCAGGAGGACACGAGAAACUAGUUAUUAAAAGCCACAUAAUUUAGCUAGCUACGACAUUACUUUAUUUUAUCUGCCAAACGAAGAACGCUAACAAUGAUGAACGGACAGAUGAACGGUUUUCAUAACUCCCUUAUUGAUGAGGACUGCUUCCUAUUCACCUCGGAGUCAGUAGGAGAAGGACACCCUGGUAAGAACUAACUAGAUACAAAUACACCCUAUAAUAAUAAAUACUUAUGACUUGGCUUAGUACCUAUUUAUUUAGAUAUAGGUAACUAACGUUAGCUUGCGAGCACACACAUGCAAAUCGGUGGUGCUUAGCCUAGCUUGCUAGCUAGCUAACAUGCUUAGCUAACUACCUGCAGAUCAAACCACGCCAUAAGCAUCUUGCAUAAAAGCCGCAUGUGAGGCCCAACUGCAUGGUUCUUGGUUUAUUAACCAGCUAGCUACUUUGCUGAGCGUUGUUAACAUGCCCUUUAUUGGACAAUAAUAUCCGUCCUAGGGAUUGAGGCGCUUAAAAACGAUGUGUAUAUACUCGAGUCGUCAUAAGUAUGCCUAAUUCAAUAGCGCGUUUGCCCGGGCCGAGCCAUAUAGAUCUCGAAGAUUCGGACUAGUUUGCGCGCGAGCUCUCGGGGUACGCUAUCUAUACUAGCGUUUUGUUGCUAUGUAAGGAUCUCUAAAUAUACUUUAUUAAGUGUUCCAUCCCUUGUCUCGACGGUUCGUAGUUUACCUUUAGAUAUCCCAACAAAUAAGAGCGUUUUUUAUUUUAUUUAUUUACACACGAACCCGCGGAAAUGGUGCCGGGUUUAGCCCCAUUGCACGGCUACGAGUACAAGGUGUUCCCCGCUUCAGCCUCUCCCACCAUCACCAUAAUCCUGAGAGAUGGUACAGCAUGUGUACAACUAGAACUGCAGUCAAUAUCCAAACAGAAGAACACUUCAAUUAUUCCCAUCAGUGUCAUUUAAGUCAUUUAGCAGACGCUCUGACUUAGUGAGUGCAUACAUUUUCAUACUGGCCCCCCGUGGGAAACGAACCCACAACCCUGGCGUUGCAAGCGCCAUGCUCUACCAACUGAGCUACAGGGGACUACACACGAUUUACACGCUCUGUUCACGCAACCAACGUUGUACAAAUGUCUGUAGGCUUGUGAACUAGAGGUGCCAACUGUGUUCUUCCCCAUUUUUAUAUAGAUAAGAUUUGCGACCAGAUCAGUGAUGCAGUGCUUGACGCCCAUCUCAAGCAGGAUCCUGAUGCCAAAGUUGCUUGUGGUAAGAAAAAGCACCUCCUUUGUAUGAUGCAAUUUCUAGCUGCCCUGGAGUCAGCUGUGACCACAACAAUGAAAGCACCUCAUUCAACUCUUGAUGCUGCAUCUUCAUGUGUAGUAGGCCUAUAUUAUGGCACCAGUCCCCUGAGUUUUUGCCAGAUGAGUAUUGAUUGAUAUGUGUCCUCUGAAAGGAUAUGGUUAUAAUGUACUCUUCCCCUUCCACCUUUAUCAGAGACUGUUGCUAAGACUGGGAUGAUCCUGCUGGCAGGUGAGGUGACGUCGCGUGCUACAGUGGACUAUCAGAAGGUUGUUCGCGACACCAUCCGCCACAUCGGAUACGAUGACUCCUCCAAAGGUUUUGACUAUAAGACCUGCAACGUGCUGGUGGCCCUAGAGCAGCAAUCUCCAGACAUCGCCCAGGGUGUUCAUAUCGACCGCAAUGAGGAGGACGUAGGGGCAGGGGACCAGGUAUGUGUUGUGCAGAGGACCGCUGCAGUAGCAAUGUUAGCUGUGCAUUUAUUUAACAUUUACAUUUUAGUCAUUUAGCAGACGCUCUUAUCCAGAGCGACUUACAGUUAGUGAGUGCAUACAUAGGUAAUUUUUUAAAAAUGUAUACUGUUAAAAUUGGAGCUUUCCUUUCUGAUGUAACAGUUAUACGUUUUCUAUCCUCAGGGCCUGAUGUUUGGGUAUGCCACUGAUGAGACUGAGGAGUGCAUGCCCCUCACUAUUAUGCUCGCCCACAAGCUCAACGCUAAGAUGGCUGAACUGCGUCGCAAUGGCACCCUGCCCUGGCUCCGGCCUGACUCCAAGACCCAGGUAAGCAGCCAGUGUGUAAUUGAUAGGCGGUUUACAUUAGGUUAACUUGAGGAAAUGUCUGUAAAACUGGUUUGUCCUAGUUUAUUUAUCACACCAUCAGAUGAGUGCAAUAUUACUUUUCUUAUUCAAUCUUUCCAACCUGGUUGCGGCCAGCUGUAACUCCAGCAUUGAACUAGUUUUAAUCCAUGCCUGCUGUUGUACAACCCUGCUGACGUUCUCUCUGUGUGUAGGUGACCGUUCAGUACCGCCAGGACCGUGGCGCCAUGCUGCCAGUGCGUGUCCACACCAUUGUGGUCUCUGUGCAGCAUGAUGAGGACAUCUGCCUGGAUGAGAUGCGUGACGCUCUGAAGGAGAAGAUUGUCAAGGCUGUCGUGCCCUGCAUUUACCUGGAUGACGACACCAUCUAUCACAUGCAGCCCAGCGGACGCUUCGUCAUUGGAGGCCCACAGGUGAGACUAAGGGGUGGAGGUAGGACUGGGCAUCUAGGACCUGGGACUCUGAGCUUGAAAGGGGGGGGAAGCUAAAGUAUAUUUAAUGGAUGAGCUUGUUUAACUGAUCACAUCUUUUUACAAUGAUAUUUGAUUCCAUAUUUAUUUUACUGCUGUUAGAAAUAUGUCUGGGUAAAGGAAUGACCAUGAACUAUUCAUCCUUUCCCUUGCAGGGUGACGCUGGCCUGACGGGCCGUAAGAUAAUUGUUGACACUUAUGGCGGCUGGGGGGCCCAUGGUGGAGGAGCCUUCUCAGGGAAGGACUACACUAAGGUGGACCGCUCUGCUGCCUACGCUGCCCGCUGGGUGGCCAAGUCUCUGGUGAAGGCGGAGCUGUGCAAGAGGGUCCUGGUUCAGGUGAGGGCACGGUGAUAUUGAUACGCCUCAUGCACAUAAAUCACAGGAGCAAAGGGGUGCCACAAGAUUAAACUUAAAGUCUGCUGUAUGUUUAUUCUUCAUGCAUCUAUGCUACAUCAGGUUGCCUAUGCCAUCGGAGUGGCCCACCCCCUCUCAAUCUCCAUUUUCCACUAUGGCACAUCCCAGAAGAGUGAGAGGGAGCUGCUGGACAUCGUCAAGAAGAACUUUGACCUUCGUCCUGGUGUCAUUGUCAGGUAAAGUAUAUUCCUCUGACGCUGUGUGCCUCUAUCCGAAUCUCCCUCAUGUUACUCACACUUCCGGUCUUUCGGUUCUGCCUAAACUGUCACAGCCAGUGUUCAGAGAUGGCUCUAACCCUUUACUGAAUGAUUUGCAGUGUGAUUACUGUCGUACCGUUUACUGCUCUGCUGCUUUCUGUUUGGCUUUGUGUCAAUCAGGGCUUGUGAUCAGUUUGCCAACCCUUGCUUUAAAUGCCAGUACAGUAUGUAAUGUUAAAGCUUGGAGGGUUGAGGUCUGUUCUGCUAGAUUGCAUGUUUAAUUACCCAGCAUGAGGAAAGGUUUCCUGCUCCCAUCCAAUUGGAAGGUCAUAGGGUUCUCAGACCUUGUUAAAGUUCAAUGCCAUUUAUAAAUGGGAUCAGUGUGCUUUCCAUCUCCAAGCUGCAGUCCCUACACUGCUCAAGGAUGAGUUGAUUGGCAGGGUAAGUGUCGACGCUUCACUCACCCCUCUUUUUACAAGCUGGCCUAAUGAACCUUUCUGAUCAUGGUUUUCUUGCUGUGGCUCGACACUCCCUAUUGGCUGAUUUGAGCGUCAUGGCUGUGAGUGUUGCUCUGAGGUCAUUUUCUGUGACGGGCCUCUAAAAUGAAUCGAUUGUGUAUUCCAGGGAGCUGGAGCUGAAGAAGCCAAUGUAUCAGAGGACCGCUGCCUACGGCCACUUUGGCCGGGAAUCCUUCCCAUGGGAGGUGCCCAAAAAGCUCAAAUACUAA